AUGAAUAUUUUAAUAAAAGUAUUGAUUGCUUCGGUGAUUGUCUCUGUGUGUCAAGGUUGUGCAGUUUUAUAUUCAAAUAGAAUUGAAAAACGACAUACUAAAGUUCGAUUGUCUUCUUGGACUGUAGUAAUAGAUAGAAAUUCUUUUGCGUUAAGAACUUUGGAUGAAAAAUUCGUCGACUACGGGACGCUUAUUCAUCCUCAGGCUGUUCUUACACUGAAUUCAACAGUACUUUACAAACCAUUCAGAAACUACAAGUGCCUCGGCGGAUGCGGAGAUUUUCAACCUUCAGCGCUGAGCAUAAAAAAUUGUCAAAUUCGUGAUUUUGGGCGAAUAUUCAGUGGACAUCUCGAUGCAAAUAAACAUGCAAACCCCAGCAAUACUUUCGCUAUUAUUAUUCUAAAGACCCCGUUUGACUUAGGCAACAAAAUAAGCGUCAUCAAUGUAUCGAGCAAGCCAAUUAAUUCUAACCGCUGUUAUUUCUACGGUGUAACCGCACUAUCAAUAAUCAACAAAAAUAAUCUCCGUGAAAGAAAUGUUUCACCCGUAUCUCCGUAUAGAGCGAUAACGGUGAAUGGUUCUGCACAUUCGUAUAAGUGUGGUGGUGUUAAUUAUACGCAAGUUGUUGAAGAUACUUAUUUGAAGGUGGAAAAAAGCGAAAUUGUGUUCAAGUAUAACUACCGUGCAACUCCAGUGGUGUGCCAGAAUAAUAAAACGAAUAAAUAUGAACAAGUUGGAUUUUUGAGUUUGUAUGCAGACACUAGAAAACCGUAUGCGCAACAACGAAGGGAAGUUUUUAUUGGUACUACUUUUGGUCAUAAAAGAAUUUAUCAAAUUUUGAAUAAGUAUUUAAAUUAUUCAUCUAUUCUUAAAUCUCCUUCUAUUCAAAAUUCUACUCAUAUUCCCAAACCUGCUCCUAUUGAAAAUUGUACUCACAUUCCUAAACACAAUAAUACACAAAAUUCUACUCAUAUUCCCAAACCUGCUCCUAUUAAAAAUUCUACUCACAUUCCUAAACAAAAUAAUACUCAAAAUCCUACUCAUAUUUCUAAACAAAAUCAUAAUAAAACUCCUAAUAUUUCUAAACAAAAUCAUAAUAAAACUACUAAUAUUUCUAAACAAAAUUCUACUCAUAUUUCUAAAAAAAAUCAUAAUAAAACUACUAAUAUUUCUAACCAAAAUCAUACUCAAAAUUCUACUCAUAUUUCUAAAGACAAGUCUACUACUGAUAACUCAACUGAAAUUGAUAAGACCACCGUUUCUAACGUUAAAAUGUCUGAACAAAAAAAUGGUAAAAAUUCUGCUCAUAUUUCUAAACAAAAAAAGAUUAAAAAAUCAACUCAUAUUUCUAAACACAAAGCUCCUGAUAACUCAACUCAUGUUGAUAAAACCACCGUUUCUAAAGUUGAAACGGCUACUACUAAAACUGAUUAA